CAGAAAGUCAACCAGGAAGCCGAAGCUGCUAAACUGACCCACUGCCUCCGUGUGACGGCGUAACGGCGGUUUUAACGAUAACAAUCACACGGUAGACCAGUUCAGGAUCCGUCUUUUAUACUCCGCUCGAUAAAAAGCAGCAAAAUGGAUCUUUUCAAGAAGAAGACUGUCGAUGACGUAAUCAAGGAACAGUCGAAGGAGCUGCGUGGCACUCAGAGACAGAUCACCAGGGACAGAGCAGCGCUGGAGAAACAAGAGAAGCAAAUGGAGGCUGAAAUCAAGAAAAUGGCAAAGACUGGUAACAAGGAGGCAUGCAAGAUUCUCGCUAAGCAGCUGGUCCAGCUGAGGAAGCAGAAGAACCGUACUUACGCCGUCAGCUCCAAGGUCACCUCCAUGUCUACGCAGACGAAGGUCAUGAACUCACAGAUGAAGAUGGCCGGCGCCAUGGCCACCUCCGCAAAGACGAUGCAUGCGGUCAAUAAAAAGAUGGAUCCACAGAAGACCCUGAAGACCAUGCAGGACUUCCAGAAGGAGAACAUGAAGAUGGGCAUGACCGAGGAAAUGAUCAACGACACUUUAGAUGAGAUCUUUGACGAGUCAGGGGAUGAAGAGGAAUCUCAGGACAUUGUCAACCAGGUUCUGGAUGAGAUCGGCAUUGAGAUCUCAGGAAAGAUGGUAAGAGCUCCAGCUGCAGGAAAGAGCCUCCCGAGCGCCGCCUCCUCCAAACAGGCCACCAUCUCCGACGACGAGAUAGAGAGACAGCUCCGAGCUCUGGGAGUGGACUAAUCGUCUCCUCUGGAUUCAUGCUCACGUUCUAAAGCUGUGCAACAUUAAUACCGAUUUGAUACAGACUCUUUUAGACACAAGUGUUUUGUCAUUGUUGAAAUGCUAAAUGUGUAACAAAGGGAGCACAAAACACACAAACAAACAAACGCAUUCAUAGACAUGCAGGCAGACAUGUUUAUUAACACGCACAUCAUCACACUUUGUUCGGCAGGUUGCCUUCCAGAUCCUUAGGGCGGGACAUUUGAUCUAUUUAUGCGAUAUUGUUAUUUAUUAACCGACUGGAGUGGCCACAAUGAUAGAUAUUUGUCUUAAGAGUUCUGAACCACCCGUCUCUGUCUUUAUAAGGGCUACAGGAUAGAGACCGUGGAACUGGCUUUCCUCGACUUCAUUGUUACUCAUAACAUAUAUAUAUCAGCUUUUCUGUGGCUGAAGAUGGAUGCUCUUUCCUUAAGAAGCGAAACACUGAAAUUAAAAAGAGCUAAGGCGUUUGUCAGGAUCCAGAUGGAACUUGUAUUUUGCCUCCUCGCACAUUUACGCAAUUAACUUCCUCCGAGGCAAACUAUCCUCUUCUCCACGUGCAUGUUGCUUUGGCUGAAAUAUCCCCGGCUGAAGUGGGACAACAUGCGAGGGAGAGGCAGAAAAAGCAACUGGUCAACUCGCUAAUGAAUUAUCAUGUUUUUAAAACCCUUAGGUACAUAGUUACUGAUGUAACUCAGACAAACGUAUGCAUGUGACAUGUAUCACUGACGAGGGUAAGGCCUUCACUUUCCUUACAUAAUGCAACGUUAUUGACAUAAUGCAUGACAUGGUGAGGUGGACUGAUCUGAGGGCUUUAAAUUUGCACCACCGACGAUGUGACGCUGGACACAUUGUGUGGGAAACGUAAUCAAACAGAAAUUAGAACUGAUGUUAGACCGGCUUAUCGAAGAGUUUUUAAUCGGUUGUUUGAUGCUAAUGAUUAAUCAAAAAAGGUAGUAUUUCUUUUAAUUAUUAUUGUUGGUUGAUCUGAUUGCGUAUCUUCUUUUGGAUGUGGGGUUUACCGUGAUUGUGGGACGGUCCUGGUCCUGCAGUCCCUCCUUUCUGUCAGCUGCUGUGCAGUUACUGUCAUAUGUUCUUGAAGCUGCCUCACUCGCAAACAUUCAAACACACACGCCAUCAACAUGAUAGAAGUGUUUUCUAAUCACUGUGAUCCAAGAGAUGUUCUCUUCCUCAGAGCUGAAGCUCUUCUCUGACCAGUUGUCAUGAGAAAGACACCGAUGAGUCAAGUGACGUUGACUCUUUGUCAUUCUUGCAUGCAUCUGACAUGUACAAUACAUAAUGUAUUUCAUUUUUGUAAAUCAAUCUUUCCCCUACCUUUUAACAUCUCUUGGUCUUUUGUGAUUGUGAGCGGAAAUGAUGUUUUAACAGAUUUCCACAUUGUUUGAGUGCAGUUCCAUGCUUAGGAAAUGUAUGUUUUUUGUAUACUACUCUUUAUUUUUUUCAUCAUCGUAAAGGGUUAUUGGCUUUUAUAAAUGAAUAAAGUUUCUUCAGGUA